GGAGUUGCGCUGCGGUGCAAUCUGCCGAUCUCCCGUCAAGGGCGGGAAGCUCCAACGAGCCAAGACGAUGGGUCCUUACGUACUGUUGAGGAGUCUGCACUGUACCUAUUAAACGCUGCCCUCCUUCACUGUAAAUGAAGUGACACAAACAGCCAUAAAAUGCCUCCGCGACAAGCUCAACGGCAAGAAGCAAGUCGGCUGCCGCAAGACUUUAUUAAUGCCAUUAGGGACGUCCCAGAGAUGAUAGCUCGCGUUCUUGGCUCUCCCUUUCCCGGAAUUGGUCGAGCUGCGGAGCGCCUGAUGGCGCGCCUGGAGGUCAUACUUGUCGAAAUACAAUUCAAAAAUGACUCUGAAAAUGUCAUUAGCGCAGCCCCGCUGCUCGACGUGCUGGCCAGCCACAAGGACACGUUCCUCGUCAGCCUUCUGAAGCUGCUCGCGAACGCCACUCGGGCGGUGCCGCUGGACGCGGUGCACUUUUAUCCGUUUGUUAGUCGAUGCGUGGAAAUCCUGGCGGUGUACUGGGCCCACGCUACUAGCCCGGCGCUGGCAGCAGCGUCUCCCGCCGCUCGCGACGCGCUGCUUCGCACCCUGCUCGCUGUAGUACGCAUGGGCACCUUCCAGGCCCUGGCGCGGCAGGCGGCGGACGCCACGGCAGCCUUGCAGAGUCAAGCGAGCGGCAGUAGCAGCAGCGGCUCCCGACCAGCGGGCGGCAGUAGCAGCAGCAGCAGCAGCAGCGGCAGCGCCCAGCCAGGCGGCAGCAGCAGCGGUGGCGACUGCAGUGCGGGCCGCAAGCUGCGCGGUGCCAUCCUGUGCGGCUUGUUGGGCACCACUGUCGUGAACCGAUGCGUCGCCGCGCUGAUCGCAGUCCAGAAUGUGGCGGAGGAGGAGGGGCUGCCGACAGCGGCGACCGGGCGUGCGCAGGACGGCGGCGGCGGCAGCAGCGGCAGCAGCGGCAGCAAUGACCAGCCAGCCGAGCUGGGCCUGGUUAGUUUUUACCGGCUGUACGCGCCGGAGCUGCUGGCCGCGCUGGUCGACAGCUGUGUGAUGGAGCAGCAGGCGCGGCUGCUACUGGCGCUGCGGCCGCCGACGCCGCUGUCGGAAACUGAUUCCGCCGCAAGAGCGUUUGCACGGGAAAAGUGGCUGGGUGCGGUCACUAGCCUCUACGCGCUGCCUGGCGAUUUCGUGCAGCCGCGCGUCACACAGCUGCUGCUGCCGCCGGACGCCGACGCCGACGUUGCCGACCGCCUUCACCACCACGCCACCGUCCUCAUGACCGGCCCCUGCCUGCAGUGCUGCGCCCUGGCGCUGGGCCUGUCGGCGUUGUGCGCGGCCGAUGGCGGCCGCAGCUACGGCGCGCCGGCGGAGCUGCUCGCCGGGACGGUACCGCGCUGCGAGGCGGGCGCAAGCGGCAGCGGCAGCGGUGGCAGGUACGGCGGCAGCAGCCUCCCUGACGGCUCCGCCGCGACAGCCGCGACCGCAGCAGCUGCAGCAGCAGGCACGGAAGCGCCUUGGCAGCUUGAUGCAGCUAUCGGUAUUCAGACGAUGAUGGAGGCGGUCCGGAUGCCGCUUGUGGCACAAGCGAUCGAGGCUCGGCGUGCAGCGCAGUCUGAGCAGCAACAGCAGCAGCAGCAGCAACAGCAGCAGCAGCAACAGCAACAGCAACAGCAACAGCAACAGCAACAGCAGCAGCAACAGCAGCAGCAGGAGGAUGCGCAGGGCAGGCAGACUGAGGCCGCCGCCGCCGCGGACAGGUUGCAGCUGCAAGGAGCUGCGCUGCCGCCGCACAUUGCCCUGGACAUCGGCCUGCGCGUGGGUGACCUGUCGGCGGCGUCCGCGGCAUACCACGCGGCUCGGCACCAGGCAGGGCAAGCGCCGGACGCAGCGGCGGCUGCGGCGCUUGCGGCGGCGUGGGCAUCCCUGUACAGCGCCAGCGGCAGCACGGGGCCGCGCCCGUCGCGGAGCGGCGUAUUGCCGGCGCCGGCGCACGUGGGCACGGGCUGGCAGGCACUGUUGCUUACGAUGUCAUGCUUGCCAGACGACAACAGGCCCUUCGGCGCCUCAGGCAGUUUUGGCGUGGUCUUGGACGCGCGGAUCGCCGCUGCCGCUGCCGGCCGCUGGUGGCGGCAGCUGUCGCUGCUGCUGCGUUACGGGCUAGGCUGCGCGAAGCGCUGCGUGGAUCUGGAUCUAACGCGGCUGCUGACGCGCCGCCUGGAGCAGCUGCACGUGUCGCUGCAGAGCGCGGCCGCCUGGCCGACGGCCGCCGAGCUGCGGCCGGCCGGGGGGGCGCAUGCGGCGGCGCGGGGUCCGCUGCUGGGGGCCAGCGGCGGUGUGGAGGCCGCGACUGCAGGCAGCGGCGGAACAACAGCAGCACGACCGAUGCCUACGCCGCCACCCCAGCAAGCGCAGGACCCGGAGCCGCCGGAGGCUGGGCUGCCGCCGCUCUGUGGCGGCUUGCGGGCGGAGCUGUCCGUGGGAGGGUUGCUGCCUGACCUGCUUGAGAGCGUGUUCCGCCGGAGCGCGCAGUGCGACACGCAAGGUGCGCACAGCCGCCUUGUGUGCGAGCUGGGACGCGUCCUGCACGGACGCGUGCUGGUGCUUCAAUGGCUGUUGGCGACCGCUCCGGCGCGAGAGGCGGCGUCGCUGGUUGUGACGCUGGGCAAGCUCCUGCGCCGCACGACCGUGGGCGCCCUCACGGGGAACAGCUGCGCACCUGCAGUCAAGGCGCUGUGCCAAGAGGCGUUGGAGUGCUGGCGCUGCGCGGCGGAAUUCUUUGGGCAGCAGGCCGAGUGUCCGCCACCGGCCGCAGAGUCGCUCCUGCAGGGGCCGGCAGGGCCGGAGGCCGCAGAGACCCAUGCGGAGUCAGACCUUAGCGCGGUGCUGCAACGGGCGUACGCUUCGGAGCGCAUGCUCGCAGUCGCGGCGCUGAUGGUGCGGGAGUGGCUGCCCAGUCUGGCCACGCUGACCCGCGCCAGAACCCGGGCGUUCACGAGUCGUCUGGGCGCCGUCGGGCCUGAUGCCAUGGCCAUGGUGGUCGCCGGCGAGCGGUGCUGCCUGGAGUGGAUGACGAUACUGAUUGAGCACGCCGUCAGGGGCGGCGGCUGGGGUGGCUGCGGGGGUGCCGCAAGCGCUUCGGGCGCCGCCGGCGGUGCUGCGUGCAGCGGCGGAGGCAGCGGCAACCUACCGGCUGGCAACGCGGAUGAGGAGGGGUGGGAGCCCGAGUUGCGCCGUUUCGUGCUGCGCGACCUGUGCGCGGCGCAGCAGCUGCAGUCGGGGCUGCGUGCGCACGGCACGUUAUGCCUAGUGGACGCCGAGUCACCGGCCCACACAGGGCUGGCGCGGGCGGUUGCGAACGCGUGCGUGGCCUACGCUGCGCUUGCGCCGCAGGAGUGGCAGGCGUGGGCAGCGGAGGACGGCGAGCCGUGGGCGGCCUGCCUGGCUGAGGUGCGCGAUGACGUCCGUGCCUGCUCUCCCGGGCCGCCAGGACCUGACUUGCAGUACCUCGGGCCCUUCUGCUCGCUUGUGGAUUGGGCUCGGGGCACGCGCAACGGCGACGCGCCGGAGAAGCGCAGGCAGGCCGCGGCCUGGGGCGGCCUGGUGGCUGAGAUGCGGGCGGCGGCGGGGCACGGGCGGGCGGCAUGGGCGAGUGCGCGGCCGGGCGGGCACAUAGUGCUGCUGCCGCUGAGCGAGGCCGGCAGGGCGCUGCAGCUGCCGCGGCGGUGCUCCAAUCCUGCUUGUGUGGUGCUGGAGGGCGACUGCGAGGCGGAGCGGCCGCUCAAGGCGUGUGGCGGCUGCGGUGGCGCGGCGGUGUAUUGCUGCCGGGCGUGCCAGGUGGCGCACUGGCGGGCGGGGCACAAGGAGGCGUGCGGCCAGGCGCCGAAGGGCAUUGUCGAUUAGCUGGGGCAGCAUGCUGGGAAGCUUGACAGCAACAAGGAACGGUGCGGUUGUGGUGAGAGCAUAGCAAUGCGCGACGGACAAUGUUUGGCUUUGUGUUGGCCCGAAUGCGUGUCGGGGACUCGGGGGUACUAGAACCAAACCCAGAUUCAAGGUGGGCUGCACCGCCAUUGGCUGCACGUUCACCGUAGCUGCCUGGGCGGGCUUGGGCAGGGUAGGCACAGCAAGAGGGGCGGCAGUCCGUGCUCGGGGGCCUCGGGGGCAUGCUGAGGAUCGCAUUCUUAACGCACUGGAGGGGCCGGCGUACUCCCAGCUAUCCAUGGCGUUAUUGUACGGAGGUGGAUGUCGGGCGGCUUACGGAACUGUAGUGCCUUAAUGCGCUGUGGGCUGAGUGGCCUUAGUGCGCUGUGGCUGCCUGUGUGGGUGCAGGCGUGUGGCGUGAAGAUUGGCUUGAUGGUUGCAAGGAGUUGCAGUUGCUGGGGCAUUGCUGCAUCGGCACAACAGGCGUCAAUGUUGCCGGUUGUGCACUUGUGCCAUGCGAGCGCUGCCGGAGGCGCGGCAAACUUGGGGGCAAGGCUGUAGAGGAGCAGCCAGAGGUAAGCUACCAUAUGAGCAUGAGUGGCUCUGAGGCUCUGACUCUAAGCCAGGCUGAAUGGCUGUUAGAAGCAAUGGAUGGGUGGACAGGUUGCGACGAGGCCGAGAGUCAGGGCUGAAGUGGGUGGCCAAGGUUAGCGGCCCCAAACUUACACGGAGGAGGGUUGGGAGAUGGCCGUCCAACGGCCAGUUCCAGACGUUGAGUUGCCGGCGCAGCGGCGCCCCAAUGCCCAAUCGGGUUCCAGGCUUACAGCCUUACAGGUCACAGUGCUCGGGUGGUACUGAGCCACUACUGACUACUAGUACGUGUUAUAAACUGGCCAGUUUACAACAGUAAGCUAUGGCAGCGCGCCUCUUGCAUGUGCACCCGCUGCCCAUCCGUGCAUAUCGCCGCCCCCCCCCCCGCCCCGUACCCAGCGCUCAGGCGCUGAGGCGCCGCAAUAUAAAUGGAACUGAAACUUUCGCAGUUAGUGCUGGAAAUGCCUGGGUGAUGGGCUGAUGGCAGGAUGAUGUUUCGCCACUGGCUGGCUGAGUGUGGCGGCGGCGGGAUGUGCGAGCGCGGCGAACUGCGCGGCCGUGGCGCUGUCCAACAGGCGCGGGCUGCAGGCGACCAAGUAUCAAGAGUGCUGUGCAUACUAACAUGUACUAACCAUGCGAAGCCGCCGAGGAUACCAGCGCGUUGGGCGGCAGGAAGGAGGAGAUGCAGCGGACCACGACCGGAGUCCACGCGCGCGAGGGGUCGGUGACGAGCAGGGGAGGGUCCUCCCCUGGUGACGAGGGUUCGGUACGCGAGGGGUCGGUGACAUCGACCGUCGAUGUGUACUGAGUGUGGCGGCGGCGUCACCUGGGUGCCACACUGUGCCACUCGGGGAAGUCCCUAGGGACUGCGUGAGUCCAAGCCCCUUGAUCACUAAAAUGGCAUCAUGUGACAUAUAUAAUGGUCCCUGAAUGGUCCCGGGGCAUAAAUUAGAGCGAGAGCCGAAGUCGAAAUGCUAAAUGUCGCGGUCGCCAGGACCGAACAGAAUUCGCCCGACGCUGUCAGGAUUUACUCUAUGGAUGAAUCUAAGUUGGCGGCACUUGGGCUAGGCCCCAAACACCGCCUAUGCGAGAUAUGGGCUUCGGUCAAUUUCGCGACUUGAGCCCCGACCAACGUGUUUUAGUCCUCUGUCGAGCGCUAUUGGCCAUUGAUGCUGUAUAAUAUGUACCUACA